UGAAGCCCUUACUCCUUUGCUUUUCUUAUACCACGACGCCCAGCAGUGUCAGCGAACAUUUUGAAAUCGCCAGUCCAACGGCUAGUCUCUCCCUUAUCGCAUACACCGCACGAACUCCAAUAUAUUUACUACCCCUGUCCCCCUCCUUCUCUCUCAUCCCUUCUUCUGCAAUAACUAAAGCCCAAAAGGACGAAUCCCCACCACAUUAUUACCCUUUUGCUUCUUCAUAACCCAUUUUCUCUUCAAGACUCCAACGUAGAACCCUUCCUUUCGGCCAUGGCUUCCCUUUUCUUCUCCCAAGUGCUUGUUCUUGUUCUUGCCGUGGCGCUCCAUUUCUCCUGCGCCCUAAAUCCCGAUGGGAUGGCGUUAUUGGAGCUCAAGGAGGGGUUCAAUGGCACCAACUGGAUGCUUAGAAGCUGGACGGAGAAAGACCCAAAUCCCUGUGGUUGGGCUGGAGUUACUUGCCAUUUACCUGAUCUUAGAGUUAGAUCAAUAAGUCUUCCAUACAUGCAGCUUGGCGGCAUUAUUUCUCCUAGCAUUGGCAAGCUGACGAGGCUGCAUAGACUUGCUUUACAUGAGAACAGCCUUCAUGGACCGAUUCCUGUAGAGAUCAAGAACUGCACCGAGCUGAGAGCUUUGUAUUUGAGAGCUAAUUACCUCCAAGGAAGCAUUCCUCCUGAGAUUGGGGAGCUUAAACAUCUCACUAUUCUGGAUUUGUCAAGCAAUCUUUUAGUGGGAACUAUUCCUCCUUCCAUUGGCCAGCUUACGCAGCUUCAUUUCCUGAACUUGUCCACCAACUUUUUCUCAGGUGAAAUUCCAAAUGUUGGAGUUUUGGGCAAAUUUAGAAACACCUCGUUUGUUGGGAAUCUGGAGCUAUGUGGUCUGCCUGUCCAGAAGCUAUGCCGAGGUACAUUGGGCUUUCCUGCAGUGCUUCCUCGCUCUGGCAGCUUCCCUUCAGAAUCAUCAUCCGUAAUCCCGACGAUGACUCCUGGAAGACAGUCAUCCCACUUUCUUGAUGGUGUCAUACUCGGCGUUGUGUCUACCAUUGGCUUCGCUAUUAUUCUCGUUCUCGGUUUCCUUUGGAUUUGUUUAUUAUCUCGAAAAUGGAAAUUUGGCCAGAGAUACGUUCAGGUGGAUAAAGAGGUUCAGGAUGUUGGUACAAAGCUUGUCACAUUUCAUGGAGAACUCCCAUAUUCAUCCGGGGAGAUUAUUAAAAAGUUAGAACUACUUGAUGAAGAAGAUUUGGUUGGGUCGGGCGGGUUUGGAACAGUGUACAAGCUCGUUAUGAAUGAUUUGCGCGCAUUUGCUAUUAAGAAGAUUGAUCGAAACUUUGAAGGAUUGGAUGAACUUUUGGAUAGGGAACUCCCUAUUUUGGGCAGCAUCAAGCAUAUCAACCUUGUCAAUAUAAGAGGUUAUUGUAGGCUUCCCUCAACCAAACUUCUUAUAUAUGAUUUUAUGGACUUGGGAAGCUUAGAUCAUUAUCUCCAUGAAGCUGAGGAAGAGCAGUCUUUGAACUGGAAUGCGCGGAUGAAAAUAGCUCUUGGGUCGGCUAGAGGACUUGCGUAUUUGCACCAUGAUUGUUCGCCGGCGAUAAUCCACCGUGACUUUAAAUCCAGCAAUGUGCUCCUUGAUCAGUGUCUUGAGCCUCAUAUUUCUGAUUUUGGACUUGCUAAGCUUCUUGCUGAUGUAGAUGCUAAUGUCACCACAGUAGUGGCUGGUACCUUUGGUUACUUGGCACCAGAAUACCUACAAACUGGUCGUGCAACCGAGAAAUUGGAUGUCUACAGCUUUGGCGUGCUCUUGCUCGAGUUGGUGACAGGGAAAAGACCAACUGAUCCAUCAUUUGUCACAAGAGGCUUAAAUAUAGUAGGCUGGAUGAGCACUCUGACAGAAGAAAAUAAUAAGUUAGAGGAUAUAUUGGAUAUAAACUGUGGGAAUGUGGAAGUUGAAGCAGUGGAAGCCAUACUUGACAUAGCAGCAAUGUGCACAAAUGCAGAUCCUGAUGAGAGACCAACAAUGUUCAGAGUGCUGCAGAUGUUGGAAGAGGAGCUCAUGUCUCCCUGCCUCAGUCAUUUCUAUGAGCCUCAUUUGGAAAUCUGAUGAAGCUAAGUUUUGUAGUUAGAUUUUGUAAAUAUUAUUUACAUUUUUGUGUGACUUUGUUCCAUUAUAUAUCCCCAUUUGGAAACUGAGUUUAUGAAACUAAA